CUCACAGUCCCUUACUCACUCACCCCUCUGCUCUAACCACUAACCAUUGGAUCACUGUUAGGAAAGUACCUGCAUAAAGAAUAUCUCAAAAGGGAAGUACCAAUCAAGAGUUUCGGUUUCGGAGGCCUCCGGUGUAAUAGGUUGCUCAUCACACAUGAAAGGAACAUCUCUGAAUCAAAACUGGUGAAGAAAUCCUUUGCCAUACAUCCACAUACCAGAUUCCAUUUCUUAAUUGACUGGACUAGCAACCAGUGGGACCAAGUGUGCAGCACUGCAGGACGAGUGUGAGAUCUCCCACACCACGCCAUGGCCCAGUACGACCAACUGGAAGAUAAACAUUCUGUGGAUAUCCACGAUAACCCCACAGCCCCUGACAAUAUUGUAAAAGAGGAAGACAAUACUGUAUACUUUAUUUAUGAGGAGGAGGUGGAAGUGGAGGAGAAGGAGCCUGAGCCUGAGCCUGUUGUUAUAUUGGUGAAUGACAAACCACACAAGUUCAAGGACCACUACUGCAAGAAACCCAAGUUCUGUGACGUCUGUGCUCGAAUGAUAGUCCUCAACAAUAAGUUUGCUCUACGGUGCAAAAACUGCAAGACCAAUAUCCACCACUCAUGCCAGUCCUAUGUUGAGUAUCAGAAGUGCUUUGGCAAAAUUCCCCCAGGUUUCAGACGGGCCUACAGUUCCCCUCUUUACAGUAGUGACCAGACAGAUGCAGCCCACUCCAACCGUAACGACCCUGUGUUUGACACCCUGCGGGUUGGGGUUGUCAUGGCAAACAAGGAGCGCAAGAAGGGGUCUGAAGACAAGAAGAAUAUGAUGAUGAUGAUGAUGGAGGAAGAGGAAUCACAACAACCCAAAGAAGAUGAGCAGGCAGAAGGAAAGCCAGAAGGGGAUAAGAAGGGAGACAAGGCUGACAAAGCAGAUGACAAGAAAAAGAAGGAGAUGGGAAACAUGGGAAAUCAGUCACAUUACUACCUGGCUCUGUACCGCUUCAAGGCCAUUGAGAAAGAUGACCUUGACUUCCAUCCUGGUGAUCGAAUCACUAUAAUUGAUGACGCCAAUGAAGAAUGGUGGAGGGGGAAGAUUGGUGAGAAGACAGGUUACCUCCCCACCAAUUACAUCAUUAGAAUAAAAACGGGAGAGAGGGUGUUCAAGGUGACACGCUCCGUUGUGGGAAACAGAGAGAUGGGACAGAUCACUCUAAAAAAAGACCAGAUCGUGGUGAAGAAGGGAGAGGAGGUGAAUGGCUACCUGAAGGUCAGCACCGGCCGCAAGCUGGGCUUCUUCCCCGCCGACCUGCUCCAGGAAAUCUGAACCUUACCGGAUCACAACCACAACCAUAGGACUUGGGUCACACCGUCACUAGGACCAUAACCACACAAUGAAUCAAACCCAGUUCCAGGAAACACACAUGACCAGGCACAGCAUUUGUAUACGACCAGUCUAGCGCCACUGUAAUUUUCCACCUGUAGGGGGCUGGGUCUGAUCUGGUGAGUCUGUAAGCUGUUUGAGGGCUGUAAAGGCUCAGAGAGGGGAAGGGUAUUGAGUGUAACCUAAUACUGCAGCCUCCCCAGCCUGUUGAACUGGGUCAGCUGACCAUGCAAUCCGAGCUGGAUGGAGAAAUAUGUUAGGUAGGACCGUAAAUGUGUGUGGUGGGCAUUUAAAACGUUAACAUGUUUGUGUCAUUUUAAUGUGAUUAAAACUGGACAACCUUAAACUAGAUCUUCAGCAAGUUUCAAAAGGCAAAGGCUGUAACCACUGUAAGUAGCUAGGAUUUGUACAUUAUUUUUGUUAUGCAUUCAAACAAAAUUAUAUUUUGGAGGCUAUUGCUUACUGUCAUUGUUGUAGUUCCUUGCUUUAAUAUACAGCUGAAAUACUAGUGCUUAAUUUUCCCCUUGAUGUAAAUGUUAAAGGGACCUUGUUAAAGUGCAUGUUGUCAUGUCUUUGCAUGGGCCUGUCUUUUAUAAUCAUUGCCAAAACAAUGUGCUGUGUAUUUGAGGAGUUUAUAUAGAGCAAUAGCCUAUGUAAGCCUAGUUGACACACCGACCCACAUGCUUUUGCCUAUCAUUGAUGCAAGAUUGUAACAUUACACUACAGUCUUUUGUAAUUCAUUUUCUAUUGAAAUACUAACAGCCAAGUGCAGGCUUAUCCUGUUUAUUGUCUUUCUUGAUAAGCAUCCUUUCAUAAUCUACAGAACUCUGUGAUACCAUCAUAGUAAACUUUAAUGACUGAUCAUUGUGUAAACAUGAAAUCAAUUCACAAUUAUUUUUG